GGGCGCGUGCAACGAGGCAACGCGCGUUUGGUUUGCACUCUACCGGGACGCUGAGGCUGGUGGGUGGCAGCUCGCUGUACGUGCAGUACUGCAGCUUCGAUAAAUACGCGCACAUGUUUUACAUACACAGGCUGAGUGUCCGCAAUCAUUCUGUUUUUGUGCUGCUCAAAAAUACAAUGUCCUCCGGGACGAGCCUCUUGUGUCAGUACUACGGAUUCAGCGUGUCGGAUCACAGCGUGUUGCGCAUGGUGGGGAACAGCGGCUCUGUGUGCUACGUCAUCCGUAAUGAAGAAUUGUGGAAUGUCCGGGAGUCAAGCUGGUUGGAUUGGCGCGACAACGACGUGGAAGUGGGUGCGAUGUUUCAAGACACUGAGUCCGCUUUUGUUAUUAUCGACGGCAGCAGUGUGGUGACGCUGACGGGCUGCAAGAUGGGCUCGACGGGAUUGUCGGUCUCGCUGCUGUCGCAGGCUGACGCCGGCUACCGGUUCGUUGCUGGGUGUCUGACGGUCGCGGGACGGGUGUUGACGACGGCGUCAGAGCUGACGCUCCACGGCAUCACCAACGUGACGACGGUUGCCGCGUGCGGGGAGUGCACGAAGGACGGCGUCUGCUUUGCACCGCUGACGACGGCGGUCAAGGACUGCAAGUGCCAGUGCGCUGCUGGAGGGCACGGCGAUGUGUGCGUCCCGGCGCCUGUGCCUGCUGGCCCGCCACCGCCGCCACCGCCGCCACCGCCGCCACCGCCGCCACCGCCACCGCCACCGCCAUCGCCGCCGGUUGGUGGGUGCAUCAGCGACAUGGUGUACCCCGAGGUUGCGCAGGCAGUGGGCGGCGGGCUGUCGUGGCUGUGCUACCGCAACGUGACGUUCAGCGGGGGCGGCAUGAGUUUGACGGUGCUGAUAGGGGCGAUGAUGGGCGAAGUGGCGAACGUCACGUUCGAUGGAUGCACGUGGAGGGACGGCGCCGUGCUGGUGCUGUUGGGCAACGCACACGCCGCUGUUGGGUCGCUGAACAUUGUCGUCACCGGCAACACAUUUAGUGACGCGCUGCUCAGCCCGGAGGGUGGGUUUCCACCGCACACGAACAUCACGGUCAGCGGGAACCGCUUUACGGCCACGAGGCUGAUCCCUCGGUCGGGUUUGGUUCUUAGAAAGCCGUCGUGUGUUGCGAUGAAUGAGCUGGUGAUCCAGCACGACUCUGCGGUGGUGUUCAGUGGCAAUGUGUUUCACG